CACGCGACAGCUACGUUUAGGGGCGUUUGGCACUUCUUUUCGGCGUUUUGGCCAAUUAUUGCAAGAGACAUUUGACAUUUAUCUGCUGACAGAAUGACGGGUAGGAGCCAAUUCUACCAAACUGGACUUGUCCACCAUGGACUCCCAAUCCCUGCAAUAUCAAACAUAUACCAGAACAGAUCCGCCUUGAUCCAAGACCUCCCAGAUAAUGGUAUUGUUCCCACUCAUCAGAAGAAUUCGGUUUCUCAAGGUCUCCCCAUUCUCGAAAUCCUUCAGCGGGUAGCCUCUCGUCUCCGGCCAGGAUACAGCCUCGACAGCAUCUUAGCGACAGUUGCCUUGUACAGAGCAGCCUUUCCAGUCUUCGCAUAUCUAAAGCAGCUAUUUACAGACUACUUCACUUCUACCGUUAGUAUCUACGAGUCUGACGCUGCUGCUAAGGAGAUUAUGGAAUGGAUGGUAGUGCAUGUUAUGCAGAAAGGUACAACAAAUGGUCACGUUGUCACCGGCGGUGUUAUUCAAGACCCUUUCACGGACUAUAUGCUCCCCCAACCCCGCAAGCGCUCUCAGGCCACCAAUACAAAUAAUACAUCCAGUAACCUUCACUCGACGCUUCCGAUGGGAAAUAAAGUUUUUUGGAUUGGUUUGCGGCCGUUCAAGUUUUCACGUGCUUUCCCCUAUUCGGCUGGAGAUAUCUCUGCUUCCAGAAGCAGAAGCCGACAGGGUCAGAGCAGCAUUCACGUUAGUACCCUCGGUCGUAGCUUGUCGCCUCUUCACGAGUUCCUUCAGACCUGCCGGGACUUUAAGAUUCGUAACAAGGGAGAAACCACUACUAUCUACUUCAUCGGCGCCAAUGGUGGACCCUACCUUGCCCAUGGGCAUUGGUCGGCUGUCCGGAAAAGCGUACGUAGGCUUGAUACCGUGGACAUGGAUGCAACUGUUAAGGAAGAGUUGAUACGAGAUGCGGAGGAUUACUACCUUCCGGAGACCAAGUAUACCUACACUGAUUCCGGCAUCCCAUAUCGUCGCGGAUAUCUCUUCCAUGGUCCGCCAGGCACAGGGAAAACCAGCUUCAGUGCUGCUCUUUCUUCUCAUUUAGAGUGCGACAUCUAUAUGAUUGAUCUCGCAGCCAACCAAAUCAACGACUCCUAUCUCCAUAUGCUAUUUCUCUCUCUGCCGGAAAAGUGCGUAGUCGUCAUCGAGGAUAUCGAUUCAGCGGGCAUUGGUCGUCAAAAAUCGGCUGAACCAAUUGAAACUGACGACGACAUGUACGUAAGAGCUCCUCGACUAACUCUUAGCGGUCUUCUCAACGCUAUCGAUGGUACCGCAUCCCAGGAGGGUCGUCUUCUGAUCAUGACCUCCAACAACCCGGAUUCACUGGAUGAGGCGCUCAUCCGCCCUGGACGCAUUGACAAGAAGAUCUACUUUGGAUAUGUGUCACUCGAUGUUGCAAAAUCGAUGUUCAUGCGACUUGUCGGACGUGCUGCUGUCGCUUCGGGUAUCGAUCAAACUGAAAUUCAGGGCAUGAGUGAAGCCUUUUCGAAAUUCAUUCCGGAGGAUGCGGUUACUCCUGCCCAGCUUCAGAAUUUCCUCCAGGGUUGUCGAGGCGAUCCGAAGAAAGCCCUCUUGGAAGUUAGUGAUUGGGCUGCUGGGAUGAUGUAAGGCGCGAAGUGAUUCAAGAUUGAGUAGGAUGAAAUAGGAUGAAAGGGCGUUAGUUAAGAUGAGUAGGUAUCUGUACUUCAGCGCAGCCUUGCUAAACUUCCU